AUGAUCGCUCGCACCAAGGACAUCUAUAAUGCACUUUGCAGCAACCUUGACUAUGAUGCACUACUACAGUCACCAAAGACCCUUUCAAUCUUUAUCGGCCAGCUGAUACAGUUAUACGAGGAUACACUUGGUAGGAAUGUACCCAAUAGACCACGUCAUACAAAGCUACCGAGCAAGUUAUUCAAAGACUAUACAGUUGAUGGACCAUUAUAUCAGAUAUUGAGUUGUGCGAUCUCCUUCAAGCGGAACAACUCCAUUGCUCAGUUUGACUUCAAGUCAUCAUCGACACAUCAGAAGAACAUCGAGUUGAUCGCGACGAUCGAGCAACAGCUGAAAAAGUUGAAUGUACUUCAGCCACAUAGAGUAUAUUUGAAUCCAGAGGUACCUGGCAUUACUUUGCUAUCGACACAGAUCAAUGCAUUGGGAGGACAGGUCGUGGCCACACGCCAAGAGGCAACACAUAUAAUCGAGAAGGGCGCAACGAAUAGUGGCAACAGUGGCGACGACACAGAGUACCUGAGGACUAUACAGCACAAGGAUAACCUCAGCCUGGUGCACUUUUGGUACUAUCCCGACUCGUACGACACUUGGGUGCCAAGCACAGAGGUCGAUGGCGAGGACCCCGAGCCCGAGGAGGCACACCAGGGUGCGUGGGUCGUCACCUCUCGCUGGGCAGUCGACUCUUACCUCUUUAAUGAAUGGAUGAAUGAGUUGGAUUAUGACUUAGAUGACGAUAACAACAACAACACAAGUGUUCAAUCAACGAUUGCGAGCGACAAGAGGAGUACUGGACAGACCACACCAACUGCCAAGGCGACGACGACGACACAGGAGGGCGCAGACGACAUUGACUUCAACACGACACCUACUUCGGACAAGCCAUCGCUCAAAAGGUUGUCCCGCAACAGUUCGCCAAAGGUUCAAUCCAAAUCACCAAGCACAACGUCGGCGACCAACUCAUCGUCGUCAUCUCCAUUGUUGAAGCGCACGACUAUAGACGACUCGGCAAUGAUGCAACCCGACGAGCCGAUUACACAUGUAAAUGAAUCAAUCAAGCGACCCGCCAGCCAGCAGGGUGGCGCCACGCCUCUGAAAAAACAGAGGAAGGAUGAGCCUACAGUUGUUGACACGACAACCGCAAUGGAGGGGGUCGUCACGGCAACCGCCACCUCCACAUCUACCGUCACCAGCACUCCCCCGCUGCAACGGCUCGACAAUCCCCACCUCCAGCCCUUUCCACUCCCGCCACAACCAUCAGGUAUCAUCAGCAAGCCUUUGCCAAACUUCCCUCCCACGCCCAACGUACAGACGGUGGGCUCGCCCAACAAGGUCUUGUCGCCAACGCCCAUGUCCAUCAUGAUACCAACCAUGCACACACCAGGCCACAUGACCACGACGCUGUUCAUGAAGACACCCACUACAUCCCUGUCCACGCCCUCGGCAUCCAACCGCUCGUCAUCCUCCCGCUCUUCAUCAUCUCGCAGCUCUGCAUCCAAGGAGACGGCGCAAGUCGUGCCCCUGGUCCUAGCCAACAUCUCCCACAUGCCUCCCGUCCAUGAUCGUUACUCUACCACCACGGCCACUCCAUCAUCAGCAACAACCACAUCUACUACUACCGCAGCGGCAUCAUCAUCAUCGUCCGCAUCACCAUCUCAGGAUGCAGCUGUAUCAUCACCAUCAACAGUCGACCCGACUUCGACCACAACAACUACAACCACGACAACGACAACCACAACGACUAAUGACAGCGCAAAGACAACACCACGACCCCCUCCAAGGACUCAAUGCGCGUGGUUCGAUCAAUCAGAGAUACACAACAUUGAGCGCAAUCAAAUGAGACAAUACUUCAAUGAGUCCACACCAGACAGGUCGAUGCAGCGCUACAAGGAGUACCGCGACAGCAUGAUCAACAUGUAUCAGAAGAGCCAGUAUCAGUACUUGUCGCUCACAAACGUUGCACGAGCAAUGGACAUUGAUGCCAGCGCACUGAUCAGAGUGCACAGCUUCCUGGAACACUGGGGACUGAUCAACAGUCUGACCAACCCCGACAGUAUCGUGUGCGUGCCACUGCCAAACCCUGCGCUGCCCGAGCAGAUGCAGCCCCUGUUUGAUCAGGUCGCCAACGAGAAACGCGACAAGGAGCUGGAGAUCAAGGCGCGAGCGGAGCUCAAGGCCAAGAGAAGGGAGGAACGAGAGGCCAGGAAGGCCAAGAAGGCAAGAGGAGAGGAUGUUGAGAUGAGCGAGGAGGCUGAUGCCAAGAAGGACGACGAGCCCACCGAAGAACAGGGCGAUGAUCAAAAGGACAAGGAUAAGGAGGAUGAAGGCCACAAGGAGGAGGAUGAAGCCAACCUCGAGAAGGAUACAUCGGUUGACAAGGACAUAUCAGUUGACAAGGACACAGACAUAUCGGUAGACAAGGAGAAGGACAACGUCGACUCAAUCGAAACAUCCGAGGAGAUCAAAGAUACAGACAAGACAGGAGAGGCCGCUGAAGUUGAUGCUACUACCCAAGAUCAAGUCAAAGACAACGUGGACAAUGUGGACAACAUGGACAACGACAAGGUGAUGGCUGAAGAGGAGAAGGAGAUCGAGGUGGAUAAGGAGGCCGAGGUGGAGCACACCAAUGGCACAGAGAAAGUGGCUGAUUCUGAGGAAGCAAAGACAGUCGAAAGCGAACCACCUAUCGAGAGCAUGCCCAGCGACAAUGACAAGGACAACGCGACCAGCUCAAACAUCAACAUCAUCCCUGAUACAAUGGAAGUGGAGAAUAUCGAGAAAUCCACAGACACUGAGAUGCUGGAAGACAAGGCCGAGGACAUAGUCGAGGACAAGGUUGAGGACAAGGUUGAGGACAAGGUAGUGGACAAGGUUGAGGACAAUAUCGAGGACAAGGUUGAGGAUAAGGUAGAGGACAAGGUCGAGGACAAGGUCGAGGACAAGGUCGAGGACAAGAUCGUGGAGAAGGUGGAGGACAAGGCCGAGGACAAGAUCGUGGAGGAACCAGCUCAAUCAGAGACCAACCAGAAGGAGGUUGAGACCCAAGUCAGCUCUACAUCUUUGCCACAAGACCAAACCAUGGCAGACGAUCAACCAACAUCAUCAUCUAUCCAGCAAGAUGAAGAAAAGGGGCAUGUACCAGACCAGGUGAAGGAGCAGGAGCAAGAGAAGGAACAGACCAAGGACAAAGCCUCAAUAGACAACAUCCUCAAUCAGGUGGAUGAACGAAUCCCAACACCGCCCCCUACCAGCAGUAAUACAGAGCCCAAGGAACCUCUGGAGGAGGUUCCAGCACAAAUCACUCCAGCUCCAGCUCCAGACACUAUAUCCAAAGAACCAGAGAAUGUUAUGGAUGUGUCCGCUAUUGUUGACAAGGAACCAUCCCCUACAACACAACUACCAGCUGAGAGCAACACAACAACAUCAAUUGAGGAUGGCGAAGUCGUCGAGAAGGAAAAGGAGAUGGAUAACAAAGACAACAACAACAACGACCUCGACAACAAAGAGGAGGAAGGCGAGGUCGUAGAGAAGGACGACACGGCAACGAAAGACAAGGAGCCCGAGCCAGCAACCGGCAAGACCACGGCCAGCAAGACAAUGACCUUGGACGAGGACGACGAUAUGAAUGUGAAAAGGGAGGAGGAUGAGGACGAAGUUGAGAAUGAGAUCGAGAAUGAGAACGAGAUCAACUUGGAGAACGAUACAGCCGUGGCGGACGAGUCAGAGACAUCGAUGAUGAAGGAUGACGACCUGCCUCAGGACAGCAAGAAGGAGCCAGGCGCAGUGGGCGAGGUGUUCGACUACAACGACCCGAUGAACAGGAUGACCUACACUCUCUACCCCAACAAGAAGAAUGUGUUUGGUCUGCCGCAGCCCGUGACUGUCCACACGUGCACCAGCUGCCACAAGGACUGCAACACGCUGCGCUACUUCCUCGUCAACAAGCCUGUUUUCAACGACUAUGGCAACCUACCGCCCGACUUCUCCACGAUGGAGCUGUGCGCCAGUUGCUUCACAAAUGGCGAGUAUCCAUCAUAUUGCCAGACUUCCGAUUUCAGUCGCUUUGAACAGAGUGUCACGCUGGACAACCCCGAGUUGUGGACCGACCAGGAGCUGCUACGUCUACUCGAGGCAAUCGAAGUGUUUGGCGACAACUGGGCGGAUGUGGCUGAGUUUGUCAAGACCAAGUCCAAGGACCAGUGUCUGCUACAGUUCCUCCGCAUACCCAUCGAGGACGUCUACAUGGAGGAGAGCAUCAAUCAUCUUGCCAACAAGAAUCUGGCCCUACCAUUAGAGCCAACUCCAGCACCAGCCUCAGCUCAAUCACAAACAGACAACAUGGAGGAUGUUCAGGAGAAUGAUCAUGUCAACAACAACAAAGAUGAGGAUAUGAACGAACAACAGGAGGAGGAUGAUGAUGAUGAGGAGGAAGUGGUGGUCAAGCCUACAUUGCCCCCCAAUGCCAUCAACACUUUCUCACAAGCCCAGAACCCUCUGAUGGUUCUCCUCGCUCUAUUGUCCAAUUCAGUCAGUCCUAUAGUAGCUUCGGCUGCUGCCAAGGCUGCAUUCGAAUGGAUUGAGAGCAAUCCCGAUCCACCACCAAGUACUGAUAACGAACAAGAAUCAACAACACAGACCAAGUCAACAACAACAACAACAACCGAUACACCAUCAAUAACAGUCACUUCACCAACACCAACAUUAGCAUCCCCAAUCACAACCUCAACGAGUACAACAUCAACGACUCAAUCAACGAUAACCAAAACAAGAAUACAAAAUGCAUCAAAUGCUGCUCUCCUUGCAGCAUCCACCAAGGCCAAGGCACUUAUAAACAAUGAAGAGAGAGAGAUACAAUCACUCAUGUUGAAGAUCAUCAAUGUACAGACGAGAAAGUUGGAACUGAAGCUAAAGUGCUACACAGACAUCGAGGACAACCUGGAGAAGGACAAGGAGGCUUUGGAAAAGGUCAAGCAAAAGAACUUUGGAAUGGCCGCCACCAAGCAGUUGCCAGUGGCCACACAGAUUGUUGCAAGCACGACGAUGAUGCCAAUGUCUGCACCAGCUCCGGCACCAGUACCAUCACCAUCCCAAGCGUCAGUGACAAUGACAUCACCAUCAUCACAGCCAAUGCCAAUGCCAAUGGCGUCGCCAACCCAAGCCAUUCCACAAACGACAGCUGCUGCACAGUCCCCAGCAAUAUCAGCUAUGCCAACCACUCCCACUGUACAAGCAGCCACUCCGCCAACUGCUGUAGCCGCUGCACUUCCCAUUGGCCAAGACCCAAGCAAGUCAAGUCCAACCUUCACCCAAGAUAACAGUACAGCCGCCGCCACUACAUCCACAUGA